AUGGCUACUCCCGCACACGCUGAAAAUCCGCUAUCAGCCGAAGCAUCUCCCAUGUCGCCUGUGAAACCAAUGGGCACAGGAGGGAACUAUGCGUCUGGUGAAGAAAGCCCUCCCCACGCAGUCCCAUUUCCGCCUCCGAAGCGGCGCUCAAGCUCUCGAGAUCAAAGACUUAGUGAAUACCGGCCACAGAGCAGGGGCGCUCCGUUUCGUGGAGGUUACUCUACCGACUACGAGGGCCCGAUGUCGGGUCGAUCUAUGAGAUCCACGAGGUCCACGCGGUCGAAUAGACCCCUUCGAUAUGAUGACCGAGACGAAUGGGAUGAUGAAGAUUACUAUUAUGAGCGCGAGCGCGAGCGCGACCUGUGGCGUGAGCGAGAUGAUAUGCGACACUCAGACAGAUACACAAGACGUCCCUUUCGCGAGCAGAGCCGUCCGCCCCCUGCCUGGCGUCACCGACCUUACGCAGAUGACUUCGAGUCUGCCAUGCCACCAUCAAAAGCCUUCUUCAGUGAUGAGACGCAAUCCCAACGACAGAUGCGUAUCCAAGAUGAAGAGAUGGGUGAAAGCACGAACGGUCGCCUGAAGUGGAAUACACUGAGCCGCGAAGAGAAGGCCGAGGUUCUUCGUCUGCCCUGGACUGAAUGGAUGAACUCCAACUUCAAGAACCACUUUGUCGCCAGUCUGGGCGAGUUCAUCGGGACAACCCUCUUCUUGCUUUUUGCCUUCGCAGGUACAGAAGUUGCCAAUAUCCAGUCAAAGGCAGGGGACUCGGCCAGUGACAGUAACACGACAACCGGUGGUGCUACGGGAUUUGAUGUUUCGGUGCUGUUAUACAUCUCCCUGAUUUUUGGUUUCUCUCUCAUGGUCAACGUCUGGAUCUUCUUCCGCAUCAGUGGAGGUCUGUUCAACCCGGCAGUGACGUUCGCAAUGGUUAUGGUCAAGGCUAUACCGCCAUUCCGAGCUGUCUGCCUGUUCGUCGCUCAAAUUUGCGGUUCUCUCUUGGCUUCAGUGGUUGUCCGCUUCUUGUUCCCAGAGAGCUUCAACGUCAGGACAACCCUCAGCGGUGGCGCCACGCUUGUGCAGGGCGUCUUCAUCGAAGCAAUACUCACCGCAGAGCUAGUCUUUACCAUAUUUAUGCUGGCCAUGGAAAAGCAUAAAGCGACUUUUAUAGCGCCCGUCGGUAUCGGUCUCGCUCUCUUUAUAGCUGAGAUGGUGGGUGUACAGUUCACGGGUGGAAGUCUCAACCCGGCGAGGAGCUUCGGGCCUUGUGUUGUCACCGCAACUUUUGACGAAGAGCAUUGGAUCUACUGGGUUGGACCCUUGGUAGGAGCCUUGAUUGCAGUCGUUUUCUAUCGAUUUAUCAAGACGCUUGAGUAUGAGAUGGCCAAUCCCGGUGCCGAUGGUGAUCCAAUCAACGACCCCACGCAGAAUCCCGAGAAACGAGCAGAGGUUCAGAGCGGACGGAAAGUCUCGGGUCAAUGA